UAGCUUAUUUACAUUUAAUAAAAUAAAACAUAGGUAUACCAUUAUUCCGACACAAAUUAUGUAAAAUACAAAAAAACAGAAAGAAGGCAUCGAGAUGAACUCCCUUCACAACACCAUAAAACAAUUCCGUCUUCUAAACCUCAACACGGCAUUAAAGACAAUUUCUGAAUGCAAGCCUAUUAUUCCUAAUGUAAAAGUUAAGAAUGACUUGGUUUGUAAACAAAAUGUCCUGUCAUUUGCACCACGAAGUGUUGGUGUUGAAAUAAUUGAUAGGCGCAAAUAUAAUGGGAUAAAACAGGACCCGAUACCUUACAUACCUAUUGUGAACCCUCGGUCCAUCCUCCCACUGCUGGACAAGGAGUGGAGGAAGGAUGAGAUAGGGCUGCCAUCUAUUCAGCAAGAUGAGAUUCAAGCUGCGAGGUUGAUUGUCAUUAGGAGGAAGAAGAUGAAGAAACAUCAGAGAAGGAAGCUGUGGAAGAAGAUGCGGUACACUUGGGCUAGGGUAAAGCAGCACCGUCGUCAAGCCAAAGAGAAGAAAUUCCAGAACUCUCUAUUGGCUAUGGUAAAGGAAGCCAAUGAGUUCCAAGCUGAGCAGUAUGUCGCUGACAAGAUCCAGAAGGCCAACCACACUCCGCUCCCAACUCGCUGGAAACACAAACGUUUGCCAGAGUUCCUCAUCCGACAACUGCUGGGUAUUGACAAGAAGAUUAAUUAUAAGCACACCGAUGUUUACAAAGCUUGAUUAGUUUGUUCAAUUUUAAUGUAAUAUUAAAGUAGUUUUAUUUAA